GGGAAGAGAUAUGGAUCGAAUACGGCUGUGAAGAGAAAGAAGAGCUGGAAACUAAAAAAGCUGAAGAACUAGAGAAGAUGACUCAAGCCCAAAGAAUCAAAUGGAAUGAAGAUAUGGCUGAACAAUUGCGCCAACUUGAACUUAAAAAGAAAGCACAGAAAGAAGAAGAACUUAACGAACGUUUAUGGAUGCUGGAGCAAGCCGCGCUGGAGGAAAACGCCGAACGAGAGGUCGCUGAACGAAGGCACAAGGAUCUAACGCAAUUGCAGAAAGAGCAGGCGGCCUUACUCGAAGAGCGACGUCAGCUGAAGAAACUGGAAUUCGCUGAAAAGAAGGAAGAACGACGCAUGGAAGAAUUGCGUCAACAGGCCGAGGACGAAGCAAAAUCGCAGAGGAAAGAAGAAGAAUCUUGGAGCAGCACGCUCCGCUUUUGAUUGGUUUCUUGCCACCUGGUCUGUUCCGGAACAUGGCAGAGAUGACUUCGCUACCCGAAAACAUUCAGGCCCAGUUCCGCCGGCACGUUCCGAUUCAAGACGAUCCAGAUUUAUGGUAAAAUGGCAACUAUUCUGCUUUACCUUCCAGAAAAUACCAAUGUCUAUGUGAUAGUUUCUCGGUUUUCACAGUUCCACUCACCAUUU